AUGACGGGCAGCGAAGCUCUGAGCAAGCCCCAAGGUCAGCCCAACUGGCUUCUCACUGAGCUGAGGAGAUUUUGGGAACAGCAGGACAGGAUACUUUUAAAGUUCCAGAGACUGGAGGCCAAGGGGGCCGUGCCAGAGACUCAGUUCAGCAAAGAGAGUGAGGAUGGGAGAGGAGAAAUGGAGAGGCUGACACAGAGAGAAAGAUCAUCCCACCUGGAAGAUGGAAAGCUACUGGGAGACGUGCAGCAUCUAGGGAAACCAGUCACAAAGACCGACAAAGAACGGAUGGGGAGAAUCGGCAGCAGUGAGAUCAGCAGAGAAAGGAUAAGCAACUUCUCACUGGAGGGAAGGAGAGAAGUUAUGGCCGAGGCAGACAGAACUGCUCAGCUGGAGAAAGUGAGAGAGAUGGAGAGGCAGAGAGACACUCUGAGAUAUGAAGAGAGGAUGAGAGAGUUGGAGAGACUCAUUGAGAUUGAAAUGCACCAGGAGAGAAUGAGAAAUAUUGAGAGAAUGAGAGAGAUAGAGAGGAAAAAAGAGAGAGAGAUAGAGGAAGAAUGGAUCAGGCUGAGAGAGAAGAAGCAAGAGGAAGAAAAGAAGAAAGAUAAGGAAAGGGAGUGGUAUCAGAGACAGAAGGCACUGGAGACACAAAUUGAAGAGCUAAAGAAGAAGCAUGAGCUAAAGAUGCCGCUUAAAGACAUGGAGAAACACUAUGAGGAAAAAAUGGAAACACAGAGAGAGUUUGAUGAAGAAACCCAACAGUUUGAGGCAAAAAUGUUGGAGAAGCAGCAAAUACUCGAGAAACAGAGAGCAAUGGCUCAGAGAAGAGAGGAAGAACUCUUGGGACGAGUUGAACACUUGGACAAAACUCACAUGAAGGCACUGAGACACACUGAAACAAAAAUGGAAAAAGAAAGACAUAGACCCCUGGAUAUUGGAUCAGAGGAAGAGAGAGACAGACAGGCUGAGGGAACAAAUGGAGUUCCUUCCUGUGAGAAGGAAAUCCGACGAGAACAGAAGAGCCUGCAAGAGCUGAGGGAACAAAUGGAGCAAAACUUUGUGAUGGAGAGAGAGAUGGAGAAAAAGAGACAAGAGGAAAGAUGGAGGGGAAAUGAGGAGAAAAAACAGAAGGAAUGGGAGAAGACCAGAGAGCUGGAGAGAAAGCUAGAGGCCAAUCAGGAGAUGUUGAAACUGAGAGAAGAAGAGCACAAACUGAUGGAAAUGGAAAGGCAGAGAGAGACUGAGAGGGAUGAAAGAAGAGCAACAGCGGUGGAGACACACAGAACAACAGAACUGGAGAAAGGGAUCAACAAAGGUAAAGAAUGGAUGAGAGAAAUCAAGCAAAAGGUGGAGAAAAAGAAAGAUACAGAGAGAGAUUUGCAAGAGGGAGAAAAUAAUCCAGAGAAAAGACAAGUGAGGAAGACGGAAAUUGAAAAUUAAGAAAAAACAUCAAAUGAGGAGAGGAAACCAACCAUUGAAGGGAUGGACUGGCUGAGUGACAUGAGGCAAAAAGCAGACAAAAACAAAGAUGUCACCCAGCAAGAGGAACAGAUAUUUCUGCAGGAUACCUCAACAGGAAGAACAGAAGACUCUGAGGUAAAACCAAUGGCAAAAAAUGACAUUUUAACCCAAGGGAUGGACUGGCUGGGAGACAUCAGACAAAAACAGAAGAAACUGGUGGAUUCAGGAAGUGAAAUAACGAUCAAGGAAGAAAGAAAACAAAGAAGAACAAGUAGAAGAACACUCACAGAGGGAAAGGGAGAAACUGAGCGACAACACGAGGAACUGGAGGAUGACUGGCUUGGAGAUGUGGGCCGUCAGAAAGGUGAGGACAAAUGGAGUGAGAUCAGGAGGAAACAUCAACAAAGCAGAGAGCAGAGUAGACAGGAGCUGGAGAAGCAAACUGAACCAAAUAAAAGCACUGUGGUGAGAGCAGGAGGACGACGUGCGGCACAAACAGAUGCUGAAGAACAAAGACUGACUGAGGUGAAUAAAGCAGAAAUAAAAGAGGUAAAGAACGUUGGAGAUGAGGGAAUGGACUGGUUCGAUAAAAUAAAACAGAAAAAAGUGAAAGGAAGGAGAGAGAAUUUGGAAGAAGAACAGCAAGUUAUAGGUGAACAACUAUUCAUUCAGAAGAAACGUAUCCAUGUCAAGAAAAACAAGAGAGAAAGAGAUGGAGAGAGAGAAGUGGAACAACAGCACGUGAAAGGAAAAUCAGAUGACAGGCUUAGAAAUAUUGGCAAAAAUGUUGAAACAGAGAGAGUGAUGGAUCAAAACAAAAGUGAGGAGAGGAGUGAGCCUAGACAAAAUCGUCAGAGGAAGUUUGAGGUAUCACAAGAACUUGAAAAGCAGCAGAGGCAGGAGGCAGAGAUGCAAGGGACUAAAGAACCAGAGCUGGUGAGACAGACAGAGGCAGAACGCAAAGCCAGAGAGCUGUGUGAGAAAAAGGCACCGUGCAUCAAAGAACACACACAGACUCAGAGACAGAGUCAGGCAGAAAAGCAGAAAGAGAGGAAGAGCAGCUUGAAAUGGAAAAGCAACAAGAACUGAUGCAACAAACAGAGAUGGAGAGAGAGAAAGAGAUUGCAAGGCAGAAAGAGAAAGACAGAGAGAGGAAAAUAGAGAUGGAAAAGCAGCUUGAAAUGGAAAAGCAAAAAGAACUUGAUAGACAAAGGGAGAUGGAGAGAGAGAAAGAGAUUGCAAGGCAGAAAGAGA